AUGCCACCUCCCUCAACUGUCCCACCUCUCCUCUUUGGCCUUGAUCGUUGGCUGAACACCAACCCUCUGACAUGCCUGAAGCUCAUGGGAGCCCCAGUGAAGCUGACAGUAUCUCAGGGGCAACCGGUGAAUCUCAACUGCAGCGUGGAGGGGAUGAAGGAGCCGGAGAUUCAGUGGAUGAAGGAUGGGGCUGUGGUUCAGGGUGUGGAUCAGAUGUACAUCUCAGUCAGUGAGCAGCACUGGAUUGCCUUCCUCAGCCUGAAGUCAGUGGAGCGCUCUGAUGCAGGCCGGUACUGGUGCCAGGUGGAGGAUGGGGGAGAAACCGAGACCUCCCAGCCUGUGUGGCUCACUGUAGAAGGCGUGCCAUUUUUCACUGUGGAGCCUAAAGAUCUGGCAGUGCCACCCAAUGUCUCUUUCCAACUGACUUGUGAGGCUGUGGGUCCCCCUGAACCUGUUACCAUUAUCUGGUGGAGAGGAGGCACGAAGAUCGGGGAGCCCACUCCCUCUCCUUCUGUUUUAAAUGUAACAGGGGUGACCCAGAGCACUGUGUUCUCUUGCGAAGCUCACAAUGGAAAAGGUCUGGCUUCUUCGAGACCAGCCACUGUUCGUCUUCAAGCACUGCCUGCGGCCCCCUUCAACAUCACAGUGACGAAGCUCUCCAGCAGCAAUGCUAGUGUGGCCUGGAUGCCAGGUGCUGAUGGCCUGGCCCUGCUCCAGUCCUGUACAGUCCAGGUGACACAGGCCCCUGGAGACUGGGAGGUCCUGGCGGUUGUGGUUCCCGUGCCACCCUUUAGCUGCCUGCUCCGUGACCUAGCUCCUGCCACCAACUACAGCCUCAGGGUGCGCUGUGCCAACGCCCUGGGGCCUUCUCCAUAUGCCGACUGGGUGCCCUUCCGGACAAGGGGUCUAGCACCAACCAGUGCUCCCCAGAACCUCCAUGCCAUCCACACAGACUCAGGCCUCAUCCUGGAGUGGGAAGAAGUGAUCCCGGAGGGCCCUCUGGAAGUCCCCCUGGGACCCUAUAAACUGUCCUGGGUUCAAGACAAUGGAACCCAGGGUGAGUUGACAGUGGAGGGGACCAGAGCCAACUUGACUGGCUGGGAUCCGCAGAAGGACCUCACCGUCCGUGUGUGCAUCUCCAAUGCAAUGGGCUGUGGACCCUGGAGUCAGCCACUAGUGGUCACUUCUCAUGACCACGCAGGCCAGCAGGGCCCGCCCCACAGCCGGACCUCCUGGGUGCCCGUGGUCCUGGGUGUGCUGACAGCCUUGGUGACGGCUGCUGCUCUGGCCCUCAUCCUGCUUCGAAAGAGGCGAAAGGAGACACGGUUCGGGCAAGCCUUUGACAGUGUCAUGGCCCGGGGAGAGCCAGCUGUUCAUUUCCGGGCAGCCCGGUCCUUUAAUCGAGAAAGGCCUGAGCGCAUUGAGGCUACAUUGGACAGCUUGGGCAUCAGCGAUGAACUGAAGGACAAACUGGAGGAUGUCCUCAUCCCAGAGCAGCAGUUCACUCUGGGCCGGAUGCUGGGCAAAGGAGAGUUUGGUUCAGUGCGGGAGGCUCAGUUGAAGCAAGACGAUGGCUCCUUUGUGAAAGUGGCUGUAAAGAUGCUGAAGGCGGACAUUAUUGCUUCAAGUGACAUUGAAGAGUUCCUCCGGGAAGCGGCUUGCAUGAAGGAGUUUGACCACCCACACGUGGCCAAGCUUGUUGGGGUAAGCCUCCGGAGCAGGGCCAAAGGCCGUCUCCCCAUCCCCAUGGUCAUCCUUCCCUUCAUGAAGCACGGAGACCUACAUGCCUUCCUGCUGGCCUCCCGAAUUGGGGAGAACCCUUUUAACCUGCCACUUCAGACCCUCAUCCGGUUCAUGGUGGACAUUGCCUGUGGCAUGGAAUACUUGAGUUCAAGGAACUUUAUCCACCGAGACCUGGCCGCUCGGAAUUGCAUGCUGGCGGAAGACAUGACUGUGUGCGUGGCUGACUUUGGACUCUCCCGGAAGAUCUAUAGCGGGGACUACUACCGUCAGGGCUGUGCCUCGAAAUUGCCUGUCAAGUGGCUGGCCCUGGAGAGCCUGGCUGACAACCUGUAUACUGUGCACAGUGACGUGUGGGCCUUCGGGGUGACCAUGUGGGAAAUCAUGACUCGUGGGCAAACACCAUAUGCUGGCAUUGAGAACGCUGAGAUUUACAACUACCUCAUCGGCGGGAACCGCCUCAAACAGCCUCCGGAGUGUAUGGAGGACGUGUAUGAGCUCAUGUACCAGUGCUGGCACGCUGACCCCAAGCAGCGCCCUAGCUUCACCUGCCUGCGAAUGGAGCUGGAGAACAUCCUGGGCCACCUUUCUGUGCUGUCCACCAGCCGGGACCCCUUGUACAUCAAUCUGGAGAGAGCUGAGGAACCUGCGGAAGGAGGCAGCCUGGAGCUGCCUAGCGGGGAACAGGCCAGCGGCGGGGCUGGGGAUGGCAGUAGCCUGGGAGCCAGGGGGGGCACCCCCAGUGACUGUCGCUACAUCCUCAGCCCAGGAGGGCUGGCUGAACAGCCUGGGCCGGGGGAGCAGCAGCCAGAAAGCCCCCUCAGUGAGGCACAGAGGCUGCUGCUGCUGCAGCAAGGGCUGCUGCCCCACAGUAGCUGUUAGCUCGCAGGCAGAGGAUGGUGGGGCCAUGCGGCUGGCUCUGCCAGCCUCCACGCUGGCUGACUCAGCUCCAUCUGACCCCAGCCCGGGCAGCAAGACGCGGAGGCUCCUGUGGUAGUCCUCCCAAGCUGUGCUGGAAGCCGGGACUGACCAAAUCGCCCAAUCCCAGUUCUUCCUGUAGCCACUCCGUGGCCAGCCUGGCAUCGGUUCAGGCCUUGGUUGGGUGGAAAUGGGCCAGCCUUGGUUGUCGAAAGCCAGGCAGCUGGCAGGAGGGGGUGGUUAUGUUUCCAUGGUUACCAUGGGUGUGGAGAGGAGUUGGGGGGAUAAAUUCAGCCCUGUGGGUCCCUACUUUCCCCGCCGAGCUGCCUCUGCUGCUUUAGUGCAUGCAUUGAGGCAUCUCUGGCUCGGUGAUGCAGAAGUGCCCACGCUUGGGCCUGAAUUGCCCAAGUUUGCCCCUCCUCACAAAGAGAUUCCUUUGUGCUAUUCCCCUUAGGUGAGAGUUGGUAAGGGGCUGGUACAGUCGGGUCCCAAACCCUGUGGUAGGAGGCAGUGGGACAUUCUCAGGUCCAAAUCAUCAUUACCUUCCUGACUACCCACCCUGCCUAGCUCAGGAGUAAAGUGCAGUUGACCAGGUCACAGCAAGGCAUGCUGGGUGACCACGGGCUCCCACUUGCCUAUCAUCUGAAGGUAAAGGUAAAGUACUGGGCUCGAGGACUUACCCGGGAAGGAGAGUGGCCCUAGGAGUCCAGGAGCCCUCGUCGUGUCUCCCACAGACUGUCUGAGCAUGCUACCAACUCCCAGAAUAUCCUGAGACUAACGAAGGCAGCUGUGUCUGAGCCCAGUCCUUCCAUGCGGCGUCCCUCGUCCCGGCUCCCUCUAACGAGCCCCUCUUGCGUCUCAAGUGUCUGAUGGGUAACAGGGCUGGUGGGUUGCGUGAGGGGAGAUGCUGGAGCCCGGACCCCAGCCCUCGCUAGGGGAGGCUCUGGGAGUGCAUGGGGCUGGCCCUUGCUGUUAGGGACAUUUCCAAAUUGUUAGAUGCUGUUUAAAAACAGAAAUAAAAUUGAAGACUAAAG